UGCAUUUUGAAAUUUGAGCUGGUGCUAGAAAAUCCUUUGGAACUUCAUAAAAUUACUCUUGACCUUACAGGAUAUAAACGAUAAUUCACCAGUCUUCCCUAAAGAUACGAUUAAAUUAGAGAUAAGAGAAUCUGCAGAUAAAGGAGCGCGUUUUCGCAUGAGCGGGGCACGCGAUGCAGACAUAGGACAGAACACGGUGCAGAACUAUAUGCUAGACAGAAAUGCAAAUUUCAUCUUGACCGUGUCGUCAAACAAAGACGGAAGAAAGAAUCUUGAAUUAGUUUUGGACAAAGAGCUAGACCGUGAGCAACAGCAAGAGGUCACUUUAAUUCUCACUGCCAUUGAUGGUGGCAUUCCACUGAGAUCAGGCAGUGUGCAGAUACACGUCACUGUACUGGAUGCAAAUGACAAUGCUCCAGUGUUUACCGAGGAGUUGUACCGAGCUACUUUGCCUGAGAAUUCACCAAUAGGUACAUUAGUAAUAAAAGUUAGUGCAACUGAUUUAGAUGAAGGAAUAAAUGGAGAUGUGACGUAUGAGUUUAGCCAAAUUUCAUCAUUAGCAGAACAGGCAUUUGUACUGGAUUCCAAAACCGGUGAAAUUAAAGUAAAUGGACCAAUAGAUUUUGAAGAAGAAUCUGCAUAUGAGAUACAGGUGGAAGGAAAAGAUGGAGUUGGUUUGUCAUCAGACACAAAAGUCAUUAUUGAGCUUACAGAUGUGAACGAUAAUGUCCCAGAAAUAUUUCUGAAAUCACUGAAUGGCCACAUUCCCGAGAACGCGCCGCCUGGCACAGAAAUCGGCAUCAUUAAUGUGCAAGAUAGAGAUUCUGAGAGUAACGGAGAAGUCCGCUGCAUCAUUGGCUCAAAUUUGCCAUUUAAACUUGUUCCAUCUAUUAAAAAAUAUUAUUCCCUUGUGACCACUAGUGAAUUGGACCGUGAGAUGGAAUCUGAUUAUAACAUCACCAUCACUGCUACUGAUGAAGGCACUCCAUCGCUGUCAUCCUCUAAAAUAGUGCAUUUAAUGGUGGCUGAUAUUAACGACAAUCCACCUUUUUUCGGCAACAAUCAUAUAAAGCGCAUAUUACAGAAAAUAACAAACCAGGUUCUCCUAUAUGUUCCGUAUCUGCCACAGACCCAGACUGGAGACAGAAUGGCACGGUGAAUUACGCACUAUAUCCUGGCGAUGUAGACGGCACUCCAGUGUCCUC